AUGAAGCUCGUCAGAUUUCUUAUGAAAUGCGCGAACGAGACCGUAACGAUUGAGCUCAAGAACGGCACCAUCGUCCAUGGCACCAUCACUUCAGUCACGCCGCAGAUGAAUACGGCUCUACGCGCCGUCAAGAUGACGGUCAAGAACAGAUUGCAACCGGGAGUGCCCAGCGAGACCAUCUCUCUCGAUACGAUCAACAUUCGUGGCUCAACCAUUAGAUACUACAUUCUACCGGACUCGCUACCACUCGACACACUCCUGAUCGAUGACCAACCGAAGCCGAAGAACAAGGCGCGGAAAGAGGGCGACCGGGGCGGGAGAGGUGGCGGCGGUGGUCGUGGCGGUCCGCGGGGACGUGGGCGGGGCAGAGGCCGCGGUAGAGGUAGGGGUUUUUAG